AUUAUUAGAGUGGGCUUUGCUCACAUAACCGUGUUUGUGUGGAUUAAGAUCCUCGUCCUGCAAUUGGAUGUGACAACUUGCAUGUUGGCACUACUAAUAUGAAAGAUUUCCCGUGAAUCUCUGGUUAAUUUUAUUUUUAUCAUAUCGCCCCCCCUGAUUUUAUCAUAAAAGUAUGGAGUCCAGUGGGCAAGAUGCGCUUAGCGCUAUACUUCCUUUGUUGAAACUUUUGUCCCUCACAGUUAUUGGAUUAAUUCUCGCAAAUCCGAAAACCAAAAUGAUCCCAAGAGCAACUUUUAAGCUAUUAAGUAAGCUGGUUUUUGCCCUAUUUUUGCCUUGUUUGAUCUUUACUGAAUUGGGUGAAAGCAUUAGUCUGGAGAACAUUUAUUCUUGGUGGUUUAUCCCUGUUAAUGUUUUGGUAAGUACACUUGUUGGUUUCUUUCUCGGUUGCUUGGUGGUGAUUAUAUGCCGGCCACCUCCAGAGUUCAAUAGGUUUACAAUUAUCAUGACUGCCUUUGGAAAUAGUGGGAAUUUGCCUUUGGCCAUUGUUGGAUCGGUUUGUCAUACGAAGGAUAGUCCAUUUGGAAGUGAUUGCCAUUCUAAAGGGGUGGCAUAUGUUUCAUUUGCCCAAUGGGUUUCUGUUAUUCUUGUGUACACACUUGUAUAUCACAUGAUGGAGCCUCCAUUGGAGUAUUACGAGAUUGUUGAGGAAGGCGAUGUCAUUGAGGAACAACCAGCUGUUAAUGAACAUAGUAGGCCUCUUCUUGUAGAAGCUGAAUGGCCAGGCAUUGAGGACAAAGAAACUGAGCAUUCGAAGAAACCCUCAAUUGCUAGGAUUUUCAACAAUUUCUCUGCUCUAUCUCAGACCAAUUUUCCAGACAUUGAUCUCACAGAUGAAGCUACCAGUGCUAGCAGUCCUAGGUCCAUUAGAUGUCUUGCUGAACCCCGGGUUGUCAGGAAGUUCAGAGUUGUCGCUGAACGAACUCCGAUCCAACACAUACUUCAACCUCCGACAAUCGCUUCUCUCUUCGCUAUCAUUAUUGGGACUGUCCCUCAGCUAAAAGCUUUUGUUUUCGGAUAUGAUGCUCCAUUAUCUUUCAUCACUGACACUUUAGAAAUUUUAGGUGGUGCAAUGGUGCCUUCUGUGAUGCUUGUUCUUGGUGGUAUGCUUGCAGAGGGACCAAAUGAAUCUAAACUUGGGCAUCGAACUACAAUCGGUAUAAUCAUCGCUAGGCUUUUAGUUCUUCCUUUGAUAGGAAUUGGGAUCAUUGCAUCAAUUGCUAAAUGGAAUAUUUUUGUCAAUGGCGAUACAAUGUUUAGAUUCGUGCUUUUGUUGCAGUACACAACACCGAGUGCCAUUUUAUUGGGAGCAAUUGCUAGCUUGAGGGGUUAUGCAGUCAAGGAGGCUUCAGCAGUUCUCUUCUGGCAACAUGUCCUUGCCCUUUUUUCUCUUUCUGUGUAUCUUAUUGUCUACUUCAAACUGGUCACAUAUGUUUGAGGUUUGCUCUAUGUCUCUCUGAUUCGGGCAAUUACUGAUUGCUUAACAUGUAAAUGCCUCCAUAAUCUUGCUUUCAACUCGUCCAUUGAAGCAUCUCUAUUUAAUGAGGUAAACAUGUUUUCUAGCAUGUUGUACUGUGUAUUGCUGAUUGAAGUAAAUGAUGCUUAUUUUAUGACA